ACUGGGUCGCGUUCUCCAGCGAGAAAGGGUUGCGACAAUCAAUCCGGACCGGCCGAGAGCGCACAAAAUCACGCGUCCCACCCGCGCGUCCCGUACGUCCGAGAUGGAAUAAAGACCGGCCAUGCUGUCGCUCCUGAUCGUCUGCGUGUUCGCCGCCCCCGCCGCCUCCGACGUCGGCCAAAUUCCCAGCCCCCAAACCCUUUCUAAAUGGAACUUCAUGCUAGAGAACAAGUUCAGUCAGCUCGCGGAACAGGUCACUCAUUUCAAAUAUGUGCAAAAGAUUUACGAGAGCGACAACAAGCACGUUCGCCUCAGGGAAUUGAACGGCGAGGGCAUGUUGAAGCAAACGCUGAGCAAAAUGCGAGACCUCCUGGAACGCAAAGAAGCCGCCCUUCAGAGACUGGUUCAAGCUGCGGAAGACGCGGUGUCCAACCACAAGUACAGUCCGGGUCUGAACAUGCUGGACGUGCCGUAUCUGAACAUGAAGGAGCUGCGAAAGGGCGACGAGCGGCUGCGGUUCAACCCUUCGUUCCUGCAGAACGUCACCCUGAAGGAGUCGGGGGUGCACAUCCCGUUGGAGAUCUACGAAGGAUGGAUGGGUCACCGCUACAAAGUGCUAUGGUGGCACGAUCCGCAGAUUCUGAACGGACUCAGGUGGUCUUCGGCGCUCGACGCCGUCUUCAAAGAGAACGCGCGCCUCGACCCCAACCUCAAGUGGCAGUAUUUCGGCAGCCAACGCGGCUUCAUGAGGGUCUACCCUGCUUUUAGGUGGCCGGAAAAUACGGACCUGCCUGACUUAUUUGACGUUCGGCGCCGCUCUUGGUACAUUCAAGGAUCAGUUUCGCCGAAAGACAUGAUCAUCAUGAUUGACACGAGCGGAAGUGUUCACGGGCAAACUUUUGACAUCAUGAAAAUUGCCGUGAAAGCCAUGCUGCACACCCUAGGCGAAAACGACUAUGUCAAUGUUGCCUGGUUCAACAAUGAGGUGGACUGGGUGGCGCCUUGUCUGUCCACUUUGGUGCCGGCCACGAGCCACAACAAGCGGCUCAUGUUCGACGCCGUGGACCAGCUUCAGGAGGGCAACUACACGAGUUACUCGGCGGCCCUGGAGUUCGCGUACGAAGCGUUUCGCCAGUUCGAGGAGAACAAGCAGCCGUGGGAAGGCUCCAACUGCCACAAGGUGAUCAUGUUCUUCACCGACGGCGGCACCGAGUGGCCCGAGGAGGUCAUCUUGAAGUACCAGAGCGACAACGUGACGCGCAACGUGCGCAUCUUCACGUACGCCUCGGGGCCGCACCCCAUCCCCACGGUCAUCCUCAAGUCGAUCGCGUGCACCACCAACGGCUACUACAACACCCUCACAGCCGCUGCAGCCAUCAGGCCACGCAUGCAGGACUACGUGAAAAUCCUCGGACGUCCCCUGAUCCAGUCUGGCGAGGACACUUUGUACGAAUGGAGCAAUUUUUACCGUGAUAUUGGAGGCCUUGGAAUGAUGGCGACGGUCACCCUACCGGUGGCAAAUUUGACUGAAAAAAGUAACCAAAGUUUGGUUGGAGUGAUGGGCGUGGACGUUGCCUUGAGUGAAAUCGAAUCCCAAUAUUCGAAGCAGAUCGUCGGCCCUCUUGGUUAUGGAUUUGCCAUAAACCAGAACGGAUUUGUUGUUUUCCACCCGCGAUUGCAAGAUCAGCUCGCUUUUAUGGAGGAACCAUCUGAUUUGGACAUUUUGGAACUUGAGGGUCACAAGUUGGACUCGGUGACCGUCAGGGAUGCGAUGGUGGCUGGGGAGGAGGGCAGUUUGCUCAACGUGACCCACUUGCAAAUUCUCGACUCCAAACACGCAAUGCCCGUGAGAAUGAACUUCCACUUUGGGCAAAUAGGAAAUUCAACAUUCAGAUUUUGUUUGGCGAUUCCCGUGAAUCACGUGGUGAUGGAGGUGAGCAGUCAGAGUCACGAGGCGGGACUGCGCUUCGAAAGCAAUAAAGGCGUUCUCGUCGCGCCGUGGACUUUCUGCGAUGGCCUCGACCAAGACCCCAGCGUCAUGCUCCUCUCUGAAGCCAUAGCCAACAAUACAAACAACUGCAGUCAGAAGAAUCUGGCGCAACACUUGCUGUGGGACGCAGCCAAAAUCGGCCAAAUUUUGAAAGACUGGGAAAACAAAGCGGAGCCUCGUGCGAGAAGCAGGUUUAUUUUCACGGAUAGCGGAAUUACGGCUGUUCAUCCCGACACUGAAAAAAUUCACUUCAUUAAUCAAAGAGAUCCAUCUCGGAAUGGAUUUUUCAAGCAGACGGCCCAGUCCAAGUCGUACGUGUACAGAGUGAAGCAUGCGAAAAGAAACGCCGUUCGCACAACUUCCGUCAUGGUCGGUCGGAAAAUCGUCAUCAAGCAACAAAAUAGAGUUUUUAUCGCCGCCGCGGUCGGCGCCGAGGUCGACGAGCAAAUCAUAAGUCAAAUGUUCCUCAACAUAACUUCCACCGGCGUGGGCUCCAAUAAUGAGGUUUUAUGCAACAAGCCAGACGAGCUGACCUGCUACCUGAUCGACCAGGGAGCAGUUGUGGUCGCCUCGAAUCAAGAAAAUGCAAAGAUCGGCGUCCGUUUGAGUGACCUCGACCCGCAGGUCAUGUCCCAGUUGCUGUCCGAAGGGGUGUUCAAGCGGGAGCACAGUUUCAGCCACCAGACGUGGUGUCCGAGGCGCAAAACCCGGAAGCAAAUGCUGGCCGAGUUGGCCGCCGCCGGCUCGUCCCGCUUCGGCCUCUUCUCCGCCUCCUGGGCGUCCAACCUGCUGUCCCUGGUGGACACCCUGACGCUGACCCUGUCCACCGUUCUGUGGUGGGGGCUGCCCACCCUGGGCGAGACGAUCGCCGCCGUCGGCUGGGAGCCGAGCGUCGAGCGCAACUUCAGCUGCGUGACGCGCGCCACGUGGCUGCACCACACGGGACGUCCGCACUUCUUGGGCGCGUACGAGUGCGACCAGUGCGUCCGACCAAUCACAGCUGCCUUCCUGCCAGACCUGGCCUUGCUGCUGGUGGUCGCGGACGCGCCGUGUCAAUGCCGAAACAACGCUUUCAUCGACGUUUCCAACACCGAAAUGGAUGCCUGCAGUUUGAAAAGCAAGUUUAGGCUUCGUCCAGAUACCUGUUUUCAUCAGGACAACUCUUCGGACUGCGGUUUGUCCUCGAGUUUCGCCUCGUCAUGUUCCCUAUCACCUCUGCUUCUCGUGCUCGCCAAUUUGGUGCAGCAGGUGCUAAUUUUUAGAGGGCCAAAUUAGACUAUAAAACGCUAGGAUCGCACACGCAGUAGGCGCCGCUUUUCAGUAGGACGAGAGGCACGCCAAGAUCUCAACUCGAGGAAUUGGGGCAUUCAAAAUGUCACCCCUGCGCGCCACUUCCUAGACUGACUCGAAGUUGUGAUAGUCCAGUAGGAAAAAAAUCAACAAAGCAAUACUUCAGAAAUUGUAUAAACUCUCACUCGCACACAAUUGAAGAUGUACUUCCUGAGCGCACUUAAGUUUGGACGAAUUCUCGACUGCGUCAAGAUUAUUUGUUUGAAGAAUUGAACGAAUUUUUGUUGAAUGGCAAAAAUGAGCAGUUGUACUGAAUAAUUUUGAUAGGCCUUAAAUCUCAGAAUAAAA